CCGGGGGCACCCGCGGGCUCCGGGCUCGCCCUUUGCCCCGGCGGCGGCGGAGGGGCGGCCCCGGCAGCGCGGGGAGGCUCCGCGGCUGCCCCCGCGCCGCCACCAUGGCCAAAGUGGCGGCGGAAAGUUGCGGGUCGGCGCCGGCCGAGGACUUGUCCAAGGUGUCGGACGAGGAGCUGCUCAAGUGGAGCAAGGAGGAGCUGAUCCGCAGCCUCCGCCGCGCCGAGGCCGAGAAGAUGAGCGCGAUGCUGGACCACAGCAACCUCAUCCGCGAGGUGAACCGCCGCCUCCAGCUCCACCUCGGCGAGAUCCGCGGCUUGAAGGAUAUCAACCAGAAGCUGCAAGAGGAUAACCAGGAGCUGAGGGACCUGUGCUGCUUCCUGGACGACGACCGACAGAAGGGCAAGAAGGUGUCCCGGGAGUGGCAGCGGCUGGGCAGGUACAGCGCCAGCGUGAUGCACAAAGAGGUGGCCCUGUACCUGCAGAAGCUGAAGGAACUGGAGGUGAGACAGGAAGAAGUGGUCAAGGAGAACCUGGAGCUGAAGGAGCUGUGUGUGCUGCUGGAUGAGGAGAAGGGCGGCGGGGCCGGGAGCCGGAGCUCCAUCGACAGCCAGCUCAGCCUGUGCCAGCUGACGGCGCCCAGCGCCUACAUCCGAGACGUGGGGGACGGCAGCAGCACCUCCAGCACGGGCAGCACAGACAGCCCCGACCACCACAAACACCACCCCAGCACCAGCCCCGAGCACCUGCAGAAGGCUCGGGGGGAAGGCAGCCCCGAGCACCAGAAGCACCGGAGCAUCAGCCCCGAGCACCUGCAGAAGCCGCGCGGCUCCGGCAGCCCUGACCACCACCUGAAAGGGCUGAGCCCCGAGCACCACAAAGCCGUGGUCAAAGUCCCCGACCAACAAAAGCACAGCAGCAGCAGCCCAGAAACUAUCCCAAAGCACGUGCUGAGUAGUAGCCCCGAACACUUUCCAAAGCAGAGGCCUGGUGGCAGCCCUGAGCACCAAAAGCACAGCGGUGGCAGCCCAGACCACCUCCAGAAGCACACGCCGAGCGGGAGUACAGAACACCUGCACAAGGUGAGGGGCACCAGCCCAGAGCACCUCAAACAGCACUAUGGAGGCAGCCCCGAGCACCUCAAACACCUCAGCGGAGGCAGCAGGGAAGGGACCCUCAGGAGACAAGUGACAGAGGACCUGUCCCCUCACCACAGGAGUAUUUACAACGGAAUGAAUGCUCUCCAAGCACCAAGACCAAAGGCUCUUCAGUCUUAACUGAACAGCAGAAGGUGCCAGAAUCUAUGUCUCCUCUGUAAAUGACCUUUUGAUUUAUUCCUGUUGUUGGAUCACCUGGUCUGCGCUCCACUCCGUAAUGCUGAAUGCUACAUUCUCACCACUUACAACCAUAGCACGUGCAAAUAUUUUGGACAACCAGGAGGACAAAAGCAUCCUGAACUUUUAUUAAAAUAAGUGCUACUUCCAGCAUGAAGCCACUGGGAUUUGUGUUUUUUACCUUCCCCGUGAAUGGAAUAAACCUGGACGAUUUUGUCCCUUUUGAGCGUACUGGAAUGUUGUAUUCAGCCUGGUAAAAAUGAAUUGCUGGAUUGCCUGGGAGCAUGGAAGUGGCUGAUCAGACUCUAGGAAGCGUGGAUCUCAUGGUUUUAUCCUGUCAAGUCACUUCAUCAUCCUGGCUUUGUCCAGAAUGGGUUGGACAGCGUUGGCUCCUUGUAUUGAUCACAGAACUGCAAGUACAUCCAGCUGCAGACCCCUGGAAUACUGACAAGAUGGUUGGGGAAGUCCAGAAAGAGAUGUAACACAACAGGGUUUGCUUGUCCCACAUUCCUGGUAAUUCUACAACAGCCCCAAAUCAGCAAAGUGCAUUCAUUGUACUUAAAGGACAAGUCAAGGCUUAUCAACUGGAAACGUGUCCUUCAGGCCCUGAAGCCACGAGUCAUUUUCCUGGGCCACAUGUCCUACUCCACCUCUCUUGCUCCAUGGUGUUUUCACUUGAUUUUACUUUUUAACUGACAAACCCAACAGUUGAUUCUGGUAGCAGUUUGGAAAAUGGAGAUUUGAAGGAUUAGUGAAGAAUGUUUGACUGAGAAUUUCUGUUGGUGUUGAGAGCAAAAUACCUGUUGAAUUUAUCUACACGGAAAGUUCUGUAGUUUAAAUGUAGCAAACCUUGGCUGUGUCUGCCUUGUGCUUAGUAGGGAUGCACUUGGCACAUGGAUUUUUCAGUCAACUGACGUUAGAUAUUAGUCCUGCCUGUAGGAUUUUUGGAUAUUCAUUGUCCUCAUUGCAAGGGAAACGGGAUAUUGCCUGUGAAGAUGCAGUCAGGUGACAGCCUGGGGAGUAAGAGGCUCUGGAAGCUCUUGGGAAAGGAUCUAUAAUGGAAGAUGAAGUGACAAGUAGAUCUCCACUUCUGGAUGAGAAAAAUCCAGAUAGUGUUUAUAUUCUGUUUACUAGGAAGUGCUGUUUCCCAGGAAACCAGGAACAUUUUAAUUGCAAACACUGAGCCUUCCUGGACUGGGUUUUUGCCCCUCAGUGUGGUACUCAGGUGUGAGAGGCUGACAGUGUGGAGGGGUGAGAUUUUGGGGGUAGAUAAGCCAUGGUUUGGUUUCAUUGCAGGCAAGUUUGCUAAUGCCUGUUCCCAUAGGACGGGAGAUCUGAGCAUCCUCUGCCUCCUCAUGGCUCAGGGGGCUCCCUCCCCCUGUGCUGUGGCACCACUGCCGUGGAAUCAUCUGAUCCUGUGUCCUGCAUUGUAUCAGAUCUGGCAGCCAGCACAAUAAAUGGUCAGUGAUACCUGUCUGAUGUGUCUGUGGCGUGUUUAAGUUCUGCUGAUUUUGUGGACAGAGGGAAAGACUGAAAAUCUGUAACAUGUUGGUCUUCAGACUAAACCUAUUUAUGCACCUUCUGGAAACUGCCUUUGCAGCACGGCCCUUCUUUUUGGGCCCAGUCUGUUGGGUCAAAACCUUCGUGCUGCAGAAACUUCUUUCUUUCUGAGUUUCAGUGAGCCCUGUGAGCUUCUGAAAGGUCCAAGGCAAGGCUGUGACCUCAGGGGUGGGGACCGAGGUACCUACAGGAGAGGAGGAUGGUGCUGCUUUUCUUUGCUGCCUCGGUUGCCAUGGAAAGCAACCAGAAAGUCUUGUCCUUGCUCCAGGUUGUAACGGGGAGGUAACGGAGCCUCCGGGGCUUUGGGAUUGGCUGGAGUGACUGUGAGGAGAGAAAGCAGCCCUGACCAGAGGGCCUGGGCUUUUCAGCUGCACGUGGAGUAACUCACAGUGCCUCUGGCCCUGGAGAUCUCCCGCGUGUUCCGUGGGAUGACAUCAACGUGUGGGACAUGGACUGACGCGCGUGAACUCUGCCCUGGUGGCCAGGACAAAUGUCUUUGUGAAGGCAAGACCUUUGGGGGGUGUGAAGAGCUCUGGAUGUGCUGUGGCCCUGAGUAAAUGCCUGGGUACUACCUGGAGCUUUUUAUCAAUAGUUCUGAAAACAGCGUGCCGACAACGCAAAUAUUGUCAUUGUCACCCCGAGUGGGAACAGCUAAACAAAUGACAAGACAGGAUUCAGCAGCCUCAAAUCACUAAACCUUACAUGCAGCUUUCCUGAGUGUUUGCUGCUGAUUA